CAGAGAUAAGGAAUGUAAAACAGCUGUUCAGUCGUGUUAGCUGAAAGUAAAGUAGCAAGGACGGAUACAUAAUAUAUGAUGAAUAAGGAAAAAACAACAAUAGCUUGACACGCGCCACAGAUGCGAGGUUGUAAAGACGGCACACACAAGGGUUCCUACUCACUUUGGGGAGUACAUACAUACCAGGAGAUCUCGCACGCUGCCAGAAGUCGGUGAUUUUUUCUCCACGAGAUACUUAUCAGUAAGUGAGGAAGGAUUUCAAAAUGGCGGUCAAUAUACCAGGACUGGUGGCGAUUGCAGUGUUUUACGUUGCAAUCCUCACAUUUGGAAUUUUAAUAGGACGGCGCAAAAACAAGUCUGGCACUGCUGACGAAUUGUUCUUGGCCAAUCGCAGUUUUGGAUUGGUUGUGGCCUGUUUGACAACUGCAGCGAGUAUGGUUGGAGGAGGAUAUGUAAACGGUACAGCGGAAGUGAUAGGGAGAGACGGUUUGGUCUGGACCAUUGGUCCAAUAGGAUACAACAUUGGGAUGGCGAUAGGUGGCAUCUUUAUUGCACCCAAGGUCCGUGCUGCACGUUAUACGACCAUAGUGGAUCCCUUUCAGGUCAAAUAUGGCCCAAAAAUGGGCGGAGUUCUUUUUAUCUCGGAAUUCUUCGGAGACGUGUUCUGGGAAGCAGCCAUAUUUGGAGCGUUAGGUACAACAUUAUCUAUUGUACUGGACAUUAACAUCACAGCAUCCGUCGUCAUCUCCGCCUGUGUGGCGGUUAUCUACACGUUCUUUGGAGGCCUAUAUUCUGUGGCAUACACAGACAUUGUGCAGCUCUUACUCAUAGCCGUUGGUCUGGUGCUAGCAGUUCCAUUUGCCGUCACCAGCCCUGUCGUUGAUAUGUCCAAGGUGACAACUAGUUGGUUGGGACAGGUUCACACCGAACACAUCGGCUUGUACAUUGACACAAUUUUCUUAUGUGUCUGUGGGGGAGUUCCUUGGCAGGCAUGGUAUCAACGCAUACUGGCUUGCAAAUCCCCCAAACUUGCUCAAAUUUCCACUGUGGUUGGGGCUGGCAUUGCCCUUGUACUAGCCAUCCCUCCGGGAAUUUUGGGCGUCGCUGGAGCAGCAACAGAUUGGAAUUCAACUUCUUACGAAGGCACCCUUCCGCUGAGCUUUGGAGAGUGGACAAAUAUACUGCCAAUGGUUUUGCAGUUCGUGUGUCCUGCAGGUAUUUCCAUCGUUGGAAUAGGCGCUGUGUCUGCUGCAGUCAUGUCAUCUGCCGACUCGUGUGUUCUUGCCAGCGGGACAGUCUUCGCAAGCAACAUAUACAAAAAUAUCUUCAGACCAAAGGCAUCUGAAAGGGAACUUGUGUGGGUGUUACGAGGCGCCAUAGUCGUCGUUGGAGCUCUUGGCGCCAUCAUAGCUUUGACCGUAGGAACUGUUUAUGGACUGUUCAUACUCUGUGGUGAUCUUAUGUUCGUGGUCCAGUUUCCGCAGCUCAUCUGUGUCCUCUGGGUCAGCUUCGCCAACUCCUAUGGGAGUCUGUCUGGAUUCAUCGUUGCUAUGCUCCUGCGAUUUACCGGUGGGGAGCCUUACCUGUUCAUUCCUCCCCUGAUCAAGUACCCCUACUACGAUGACAAGCACGGACAGAUGUUCCCCUUCAAAACCAUGACCAUGAUCAUCUCGUUUAUCUUUAUCAUUGGAGUGUCUUACCUCACCGACAGACUUUUCAAAAAUGGGACAAUCUCCAAGAAAUAUGACAUUCUACAAUGUUUCACAGAGGAAGCGGCGCAGAGGACAGGGGAGUCAAAAGAAAAUGGAGAACACAUCCCGUGUUUAACGGAACCCUUGAAUGAUGGUGCAGUACUUUCUGAGAAGAACACUUCAAUUUAGCCUUGAAGAUCAACACCUACACCAACGUAAAGCUGUUUGUACAUAAAACAAUAUAAGAAUGACUGAGACUAGUACUUUCACCCUCUUAAAUAUCAACUACAGAAUUGAUUUUAAUGAUGUAUGUGUAGCAUUGUGAACAUUUCAAAACUGUAUCCGUUUACGCCGACAUGAAAAGAAAAUGAACUUGUAUGAGAGAAAGCUAUUAACACUAGCUUUUGGUAAACGAAACGUUUUAGUACUUACUUCAGUCUGUGUCAUGCCGUUUUUAUGUUUCAUUGUCAGUAUCUAGUAAAAAUAAAAAAGUAAUUGAAAAUAAUAAUUAUAAAAAAGCUGUAAAUCAUGAACUUUUUCAUUUUUAAUCAGAAUUUUGACAUUAUACAAUCGUAACGUCAUGCAUGAAUUAUUGUUGCCAUUAAGUGUCAAUUCCACACAAUUAUGACGAAAGUAUUAACUAAUAUAUAGGUUAAUCUAAGUUACGGUCUGAUGCUUUUAUAUAAAACUUUCUGGCUUUGGUGUUUUAGUGUUUAUUUGCUCUUUUAUUUAGCUGACUGUGUGAAUACGGAAAACAAUACAUUUAAUAGACAAAAAUGACAACGCGGAACAUAUCUAUGAAAUUAAACUAAACAAAAAGCAGCGCUCGACACCGAUUUCAAAUUUUCUUCUUAAGCAGUUGCGCGUAAUUCACCAAACAGAAGAAUCCGAUGCCUCGUCAACCUUAUUAAUAAUCAUUAGUAUAUAUGGACGAUUUAUAUAUAUAUCAAGCUUUAACAGAUUUAUGCAAGAAUGAUUCUUCCAUUUUUUGUCCAUGUUAAUUAUGUACAAAUUACAUGACACUUUUAAUUAACCAGACGUGUUUGUUUAUUGGUCAUUUGUUCACCUUAUGUAAAAAUUCUUAUGUAUACGCUAUUACAAACGUUGUUUUCAUGUAUCUUCAGACAUGUAACACAAAAGUCUCGUUGGACUAUAAACAUAUCUUAUUGAAGAACAGGUUUUGGAUGUUUUUCAUGUCCACUUGUAGAAUUAAUAUUUCAAUCCUGUUGUAACCAGCAUUUUUAUUAUCUUUGAAACUAAUUUACUAUAUGCAGAACAUUAUGCAUUAAUCGGGAGAUUCAUAAACGUUGAAUUAAUGAAUAACUAUUGUACAAAAAUCAUUCGCGUUUAUACCCAGUAUUUCGACACUACUUAAGAUCAACAAGAAUUCGCGAUAAUUUUACUUCCGAGGAAAAACCUUAAUUGAUAAGGCUUCGGUGUCCUAGAUAUCCCGUGAUCUCCUUCGUGUGACAAAACAUCGUCUAAAAUUAAACCUCUGAAGUAUGUUACAAAACAUCAAUAGCAUCACUUUUUUAGUAAGAGGAUCACCGUGACAGGCACGUGGACCAAAAGAAAAUGGCAUGAAAGCAUCAUCAUUCCUUAUCUUACCGUCCGAAUCUAAAAAAAAACCGGCCAGGUUUAAACGCAAGCGGACCAUCCAAGCAACUAGAAUCUUCCUAUGUGACCUGAAGGUGUUCUAUAACAAUAGCUCCCUCAGGCAUACGAUAACCUCCUACAAUGGAGUCACGUGUCGCUACAUGCGGAAGACACGCAAUGGCCACAUUUGUCCGACGCUGAAUUUCAAGUAAAGUCGCUUCUACAUAAGGCAGUUGAAAUUUGUCCAAUAUUUAUACCUGACGUCCGUGACCAACUAUUUCAUCAAUUUAUCGUUCACAUUUGCCUUGUACAUCCGGUUAGUUGAUCAUGCAUAGUGAUGACCAAUCCAACGAAGCUGUCGUAGUGCCUGUUCCGGCGUUAAACAGAUUCAGAACAACUCGGUGUGAUGAUGUCUAUAGCCUUAUCAUUGUUCUUUGCAUGAAGAUAGGUGUUGUUGAAAUCACAUAUGUUUUUUUUCGUCAAAAGAUGACGCGUGCUAUUUCACUUGCGCCUCUGUGUACUGGUUAUGUUGUUUCAGCAGAGACAUAUAUAACACAUGUUGUGUUAUAUAUGUCUCUGGUUUCAUCAAUGGCCUAAAAGUUGUCUGCGAAUUACCUCCAAGUGACAUGUCGAAUAACAAACUGUUUCUGUCGAUAACGUUCCGAAACGCUGGGUCAUUGUGAUCACAUCAUUUCCCAAAUAUAAUGGUGUGUGUGACGUUUGAUACAGCGUGUCUGUACAGAUCCCUUUUACUGAAUGCUUGUGAUUCUAUUUGCCAUUCCUCACAGAACAUUACAUUCUUCUAAAUUUCUUUCUUCUAGAAAUCUCGCAUUGGCUGUAACAGGAAUCUUCAAAGUACCUUCCAAGUGUGUCCAUUUGACCAAAUCCUUGUACCGUCGUUUGGACAAUCACUGAACGAGUCUGCUUGUUUGGUGAAUGCAUUGUUGAUAAUAUCUAAAACCCCAAAUGAUAACGAUCAAACGCCGUCCAAGGUACAAUCUAAAACUGUUUCCUUAUAUUUUCUGGAGUCUGUACAACCUGUUUCGUUUCCCCUGAAGAGCUAUAUUAAAGAAAUUACCAAGGAACGGUAAUGCAAAUGAUCCGGGUUUAUCAACUGUGUUACGAAAAAAAAAGAAAAAUAUAACAAAACAGGCGAGACCGGCGAGCAAAUAUGUUUUAAGAUUGUCCUAUUGUAACAAAGAUGCCAAUUCCGUGGUGAUGUAACGACUGGAAGAUGUUGUGGAGACUAUCCGUUUGUCAAAAGACCUUACCAGUUUGAUCGAUGUCGUGUUUACCUUUAUACAGUACAACAAACGUGUUGAUGAGUAUGCAUGCCACGGUGACAGCGUCUAGUGGUUUGACCUCAUACAUAUGUGAAUCGUUUAUCCCAGUGUUAUAUACAGGUUUACAAUCUAGCUGCAUCGUAGCUAGGUAAUGUGUGAUGCCUCCACUGUCCUGUAUCCAGACCACAUGUGUUCUUACCACACGUGAUUAGAGAGCGAUUAUGUUUCCGGAAGUAAACAAUGACUUUCUAGUUUUUAAGUCUUGGUCAGAAAGACUGGUCAUUAUCCGGAAUUAAUAUUCUCAAGAAUGAGAUUAAAAGUAACUUCGGAUGUGGUAGAGUUAAGCAACAAAACCCAACUUACCAACUUCGAAUGAAUGAGUAGUGAUGUGAUCUCAUCUUUACACUAUAACGGAGAGUAUCGCACAGUGGGGGAGAGCGCGCGCUCUGUGACAUUUUGCACGAGAGAUGUAGUAUAGAAUUUUAACAUCACUCGUUUUGAUGUUUAUCGGAAAUUUGACUCUGGUAUUCCACAUAUCUACUGCGAAUUUGCAUUGUUGAAUGUUAAGGUGAAAAGGCCUUUAUUAUACUUAUUUGUGCCGCCAAAAAGAGGGUUGAUAUCCUGAGUAUAGGAAAGACUAUAUUAAGUCGAGAACAUGCUUAAAAUGUUAAAUACAGAUUUUUCCGUGACCUUUACAAGAGCAUGAUAAUAGCAUGGACGAGUACAAAAUCCGAAUUCCGUGCAAAAAAAAAAAAAAAUCCAUCACCUCAUAAUAUGAUGAAGUGAUAUGGUUAGUAAUGUCACAUUCACUUGGUUCAAACAAUAUCGUAUUAAUUCUCAAAAGAAAAGGUCCGUUAUAGAAAGCGAUAAAACAUGUGUAACAUCAAGGUAUGUGUGCCUAUCCGCGGUUGAUUAACAGAAGUCCUUCCCUUUUUUGACUUCAUAACUUUCAAAAAAAUAAAAAAAACAGAUUCGUAUCUUGGGAGAUAACAAAAAAUACUGGAGGAUCACAGGAAACUUGAUUUGGUUGAAUUGUGUUAUGAAUUUUAGCAAUAUUAAAACAGAAAUAAUAUUUCAAAUAUAAUUUGUUAUGUAUAGCUUAAUUUGUAGUCUUUUUUUUCAAUAAUAAAAUUUUACAACUGAC